UAGAUAAAUUACCUCAAAGAAUUCUCGACAAAUCAAAAAACCCUAACUUUUUCUCUCAAAUUAGCUCCGCAUUUGCGAUGGCGGACGGCCAUAUGUUCAACAACAUCUCUCUCGUCGGCCGUGGCGGCAAUAAUCCAGGGCAACUAAGGGUUCAUUCACGGGGACUGCUGUGGAAGAAACAAGGUGGUGGCAAGGCUGUGGAAGUAGAUAAGUCGGAUAUCGUGAACAUUACUUGGAUGAAGGUGCCACGGAGCAAUCAGCUUAGUGUGCUGAUUAAGGAUGGGCUCAAGUAUAAGUUUGUUGGUUUUCGUGUUCAGGAUGUGGCCAGCCUGACCAAUUUUUUCCAGAACUCGUGUAAUAUAGCACCGGAAGAGAAGCAGCUUUCAGUUAGUGGAAAGAACUGGGGAGAAUUAGAUAUAAAUGGUAAUAUGCUUUCUUUUCUUGUUGGUGGGAAGCAAUCUUUCGAAGUGUCUUUGGCUGACGUGUCCCAGACACAGCUACAAGCAAAGACUGAUGUCAUCUUGGAGUUCCAUGUGGAUGACACAACUGGUGCAAAUGAGAAAGAUUCUUUGAUGGAAUUGACCUUCUAUGUUCCCAAUUCAAACCCUCAGUUUGUUGGGGAUGAAAAUCGCUCUCCUGCAGAGGUUUUCCGAGAAAAAAUAAUGUCAAUGGCAGAUGUCGGGACCGGAGGUGAGGGACCUGUUGUCACUUUUGAGAGCAUUCAAACACUUACUCCAAGGGGCCGUUCUGUUUUUGAACUUCAUCUUUCGUUUUUGCGGCUUCAUGGCUCGGUUGGUGAUUUCAAAAUCCAAUACAGCAGCAUAGUUCGUGUUUUUGUUUUACCCAAGGCCCAGCCUCAUACCUUCGUUGUUAUUACUUUGGACCCUCCUAUCCGAAAAGGGAAUACUAUGUACCCACAUAUUGUGACACAGUUUGAUACUGAUAAUGUUGUGGAGAGUACAUUGGUGAUGAAUGAGGACUUGUUUGCUACCAAAUACAAAGACAAGUUAGAACCGUCAUAUAAGGGUCUUACUCAUGAAGUCUUCACAAUGAUAUUGCGCGGGUUAUCUGGCACGAAGCUCACUAGACCCGGUAAAUUUCGUAGCUUUCAUGAUGGAUAUGCUGUGAAGUCCUCACUAAAAGCUGAAGAUGGCGUUCUGUAUCCUCUGGAGAAGAGCUUUUUCUUCCUACCAAAGCCUCCCACACUUAUUCUUCAUGAUGAGAUUGAGUAUGUAGAGUUUGAAAGGCAUUCUGCUGGUGGAGCAAACAUGCAGUACUUUGAUUUUCUUAUCAAGCUAAAGACAGAGCAAGAACAUCUUUUCCGUAACAUUCAGAGAAGUGAAUAUCAUAAUUUGUAUGCUUUUAUAAGGUCAAAGCCUACUAUAAGAAUCAUGAAUUUGGGAGGCGCUGCCCAAGCUCCAGACGGUGUUGCGGCUGUUCUGCAGGAUGAAGAGGAUGACGCUGUUGACCCUCAUCUUGAGCGAAUUAGAAAUGCAGCUGGCGAAGAAGAUAGUGAUGAGGAGGAUGAGGAUUUUGUUGCUGACAAGGAUGAUGACGGCUCCCCCAGUGAUGAUUCUGGGGAUGAUGACUCGAAUGGUAGUGGUAGUGGAAGUGAAAAGGAGCAGAGAGUUCCCAAGAAAGAAUCCAAGAAAAAACCUACUGUUUCUAAAGUCUCUUCAAGUAAGAAGAGAAAUAAUGAUGAAGGGCCUUCACAGAGUAAGAAACAGAAGAAGAAAAAGGAUCCAAAUGCACCCAAGAAAGCACUGAGUGGUUUCAUGUUCUUCUCUCAGCUUGAACGAGAGAAUAUUAGGAAGGAAAUCCCUGGAAUUUCAUUCAAGGACAUUGCGAGGGUUCUUGGAGAGCGAUGGAACAAAAUGACAGCUGAAGAGAAGGAACCGUAUGAGGCAAAAGCCUUGGCAGACAAGAAAAGGUAUCAGAACCAAAUCAACGACUACCAACAAGCCACCAAAAUGGAUUUGAUGGAUGAAUCUGACAGUAAUUAGGGUUUAGAACUUAGUCGGUAGAUGUUCCUCGACAUAUGGUAGUUUUCUAUAUAGUGGUUUUAAAAUCUGUGAUGUCCCAAAAUAAGUAGCUGGUAGAUAAUAUGGGUCUCCGCCUCUUAGCUCAAUAUUUAUGUGAUGUGACAUUGAUGUCUUUAGCACAUUCGUAUUAUGAAAACAUCUAUGGUAGUAAAGUGGUGUUUAUAAGCUUUUAAGUUA